AAAUUGAACACCACUUUUUUCGUCUGCAUUACCCUAGCAAGUGGACGCAGUCGUUACCCAACUCUGCUUCUUUCUCCUCGCCUAAACAACCAGAAGGAAACUCCGCCAAAAAUUAUCACAUGGGAAUGAUGGAAUAUACACCUUCCUCCAUAGCCCCCUUGCUUCUUCGAAACCUCGUUACUUCCAUAUUUAUCUUUGCAGACAAAUCCCUUUUAAACUUGGCCCAAAAAUAUAGACCUCUUGAAUUCAUUCACUAUAUUCUCAUCACUUCCUUUCUCUUCUUCUUACGUCUACUCCCAUCUCGUUUCCCUUCCUUUAACUCUAAUUCUGACAAAAAUCAUCAUACUUUUACCUUUGAAUCCCACAAAAAUAAUAUUUACGAGCCUUCUCGUGGCAGCGAUGACUCGGGUAUCGCUCGAGCCCUUUCGCAAUUGCUAUCAAUAGUCAAUGAUAUCCCCGUCAACUCUCGAAAGUAUGAACUUGUGAGAUCUUUGGCUGAGAGGCUUAUUGAUGAGAACCAUAGAGAGAAUGUUGAAGCCUUACAUGAAGUCAACCGUGCCGUUUUGUCGUCAGCCUUUUCGAGGGCUCUUGGCCAACUUGAAGCCGCGGUUGUUGAACUUGUUGGUGAUAUGGCUAGUUCUGGACGGGUUCAGUAUCGGUUGAACCGGGUUUUCCGGGUGGUUCAGUCGAGGGCUGGGUGGGGCAAAGAGGAGGCGAGCCGAUCUGGGAUAUCAGCUGAGAAGCUGGCGGCUGAGAUACUUUGGCUGGCGCAGAAGUUGGCGGCUUGUGGGUUUGCAGAGGAGGCUGUUGAAAGGUGGGCAUCGGCUUCAAAUUUGGGGUGGCUUGCUCUUUCGGCUGAGCCACGAUUGCAGGGUUCAUUGGUCAAGGUUUCAGCAUUCUUGUUCAAGCAAGCCAAAGAUUUGGGAGUAGAGACAAGUACAGAAGAAGAAGAAUAUCAGAAAAAGCAACACCGAAAAACAAAACUGAAGAUGCUACUCUCAUGGUUACCAUUGCUUUGCAGAGGUAGCGAUGGUUUAGAUAUGCCAGUUCUAAGCACAAAUGAAAAAGCCCAACUGGAGAGAGUACUGGAAGACAACAUACAAAUGUUGCUACAUGAAGAGCAAGAGCAAGUAUUGUCUCUAUGGCUUCACCAUUUCACAUAUUGUCCAUACUCGGAUUGGCCCAAUCUGCAUGCUUCCUAUGCUCGCUGGUACACUGCUUCUCGCAACCACUUACUCCUGCACUAGUCUCCUUUAUAUGAUAUAUUUAGGAAUAUUAUGCACUUGUUGAGAAACCAAUUUCAAUGAUUUAUAUAUUUAAGGACGUUACAUUACAUAUUUAGAAAGAAAAGCUGCAUAUGUAAAUAAUUUGUUUUUGUCGAUAAAUGUUUCCUACAUUCCCUCGAGCUUUAAAUGGUUAGUAAACUAAUUAAUAUUUCAUUCAAUGUAUACAAGAGUAGCUUUAAUUA